CUGCAGCGGCGGCAGCGGCUGGGAUACCGGCGCGCUGCGGCUCGGAGCGGAAAAAGGACUUGACGCUGACCACGAGGAGGAAUUUUGAUUGGCUGAUUCAUCUUCAUUCUGGUUUGCGCUAAAGGACGCACAGCCACCAAGUUUAUCGCAACUUUUGGACGUGCGUCACUAGAAGUUUUCGUUAGACCUUCAGGCAUAACGAAAAGGCUUUGGAGUUCUUUUAAGAGCAUGGAAAGUUUACAGUGGCGGGAUUAUAUUUCUGGUUUCCCAGACAGAAGAAGUUCGGCAGAGGAUUUAAAGCUCUUUGUGACUCAGCAGGUGACCGUCGCGGUGUGACACUGUCUCGGCAUUUACUCCACUUUUACUGAACGCGAUGUGAGAUGGUCCCGACUUGUCACAGAGGCUGGGAUGACAUAACUUGAAGAGAAAAAGGUUACCCCUUUAAAAGCAGCGUUAAGCCACGAUGAGAGCGCUAGGUUUCCUCUGCCUAACAGUCCUGCUGUGGGAGGCGAGCCAGAGCAGCAGAAACUGUCCGGACCUGAUCGUUGACAGCUGUCACUGCUCGGCUGAGAGGUCCAAGGAGCUGAGCAGGCAUCACGUCCGAGUCAAAGUGCUGUGUGAUGAUGUGGACCUGAUGGACACCCUGCCGCCCAGCUUCCUCCCAAACAGAACGGUUUCCCUAAACCUGAGUAACAACAAGAUCUCGCUGCUGAGAAACGGCUCCUUCUAUGGCUUGGCCGCGCUGGAAAAGCUGUACCUGAAGAACAAUCUGAUAAGUACAGUGGAGCCUGGGGCUUUCCGUGGUCUUUUGGCCUUGAGGAAACUGGAUCUGUCCGACAACAGAAUCGGCUGCCUCUCACCUGAGAUGUUCCUUGAUCUGGCCAGACUAUUAAAAUUAAAUUUAUCUGGAAACAUUUUCUCCACACUCCCGACGGGACUGUUCACACACCUCCUGGAUCUAAGAGUACUGAACUUUGGAACCGAGACCUUGUUUUGUGACUGCCAGCUGAAGUGGUUGCUCGUUUGGGCUCAGCAGAACUCGGUGAGGGUUGGUAAUGACACGGUCUGUGUUUUCCCAACCCACCUCCAUGGCCUGGAGCUGCGCAGCCUGCGAGAACAGCAGCUCAAAUGUGAUGGUCCUUUGGAGAUGCCGCUUUUCCAGCUCAUCCCUUCCCAAAGGCAACUUGUUUUCCGUGGUGACCAGCUUCCCCUGCAGUGCACCGCGUCUUACCUCGACCAGUCGGUGGAGCUAUGGUGGCGUCACAACGGCCAUGGCGUGAUCACACAGGAGGACAUGGGCAUCUAUGUGGAGAAGACUCUACUUCAUGACUGCUGCUUGCUUACCAGUGAGGUUAUCCUUUCCAACAUCGAUGUGGCUCUCGCCGGCAACUGGGAGUGUUUGGUGACCAGUUCCAGAGGAAACACAUCUCAGCACAUGGAAAUAGUUGUGGUGGAGACUUCUGCCCCGUACUGCCCUACCGACAGGGUCUCCAACAACAAGGGGGAUUUCAGAUGGCCGAAGACUCUGGCCGGGAUUCUGGCUUUCCUGCCAUGCGCUCCCACAACCUUUGGAUCUGCCCCCGGUCUGGCUGGCAGCGCUUCCCACCGCUCCGGCCAACGGGAGAAGAAAGCAUGGCGACGAUGCGAUCGGGCUGGGCGGUGGGCUGAAGAGGACUACACUCAGUGCCCGUAUGCUAGUGAACUGACCCGCGUGCUGCAUCAGCUCACUCAGAUACCGAUUAAUAUUAGCAAUUCCCAGCCUCUGGGUCAGCAGUUAGUGGCUUUUACCAGCAGGGCUGCUGACUUUACAGAUGUUAUGGACGUCAUCUUUGUCACUCACCUUGUGGAAAGACUAACGAGACUGCUGGAGAAGAAAAAAGAUCUGGGAGACUACAUCUCAGGCAUUGCCAGUAACAUGAUGCUGGUGGAGGAGCAUAUCCUGUGGAUGGCGCAGAACGAGGCCAGAGCGUGCACGCGGAUCGUCCAGUGUGUGGAGCGUAUUGCCGACUUGGCGCUGACAGACGACAAUCGGGUCAUUUCUAAGGUAUCUGCUAACAUAGCUCUGGAGGCUUUUCUGAUCAAGCCGUCAAACUUUCUUGGUUUAUCCUGCACGGCGCUCGAGCAGACCCCCACGUCCACCAGCCUGACCGUCCCACACAGCCACUCCUACCACGACAAGGACAAACGCGGAGAGCAGGUGGCCGCAGGAGAGUCGUUGCUCAGUUUCAAAUGCCACACUGUCAACAACAGUGGCUCGCCAGCCAGUCAACUCAGCAAGAACUCCGUGGCAGUCGCCUCGAUCCAUUUACCGCUGGCUGGUCCGCCUGCCUCCUCCUCUGCGUUGCAAUCUGUUGAUAACUCCACUUGCAGGCUGCAGUUCGUUCUGUUUCGCAAUGGGAAACUCUUUCCCUGCACGGGGAAUUCGUCAAACCUCGCAGACGAUGGGAAGCGCAGGAGCGUCUCGACACCAGUUGCUUUUGCCAAAUUAGAUGGCUGCAGCCGCGGCAGCUCUGUGCACUCCGUCGCCGUCGCUCUCAGGCACUUCGCGCUGGGUGUAGACCCCACCGCAGCCUACUGGGAUUUUGACCUGCUCGAUGGACACGGUGGCUGGAGGGCAGAGGGCUGCCACAUAACCGCCUCCGGGGGCAAUACGACCACUAUUCACUGCAGCCAUCACAAGAACUUUGCCGUGCUAAUGGAUUUGAAGAAGGUGCUUUCUUUCCCCCCCUACCCUGGGGAGUUUUUGCACCCGGUCGUGUAUGCCUGCACGGCGGUCAUGUUGCUCUGCCUCUUCGCCUCCAUCAUCACGUACAUAGUGCACCACAGCGCUAUCCGCAUCAGCAGGAAGGGAUGGCACAUGCUUCUCAACUUCUGUUUCCAUACGGCGCUGACCUUCGCCGUGUUUGCCGGUGGCAUCAAUCGAAUCAAAUACCCCAUCAUCUGUCAAGCAGUCGGGUUUGUGCUGCACUACUCGUCUCUGUCGACAAUGCUGUGGCUCGGGGUGACAGCCAGGAACAUUUAUAAGCAGGUGACCAAGAAGUCUCCACAGAGUCAAGACGGUGACCCACCUCCACCCCCUAAACAGCCCCUGUUGAGAUUUUAUUUAGUCAGCGGUGGACUGCCUCUCAUCAUCUGUGGCGUCACAGCAGCUGUUAAUAUAGACAACUAUGGAAGCGGGGAGCAAGCACCAUACUGCUGGAUGGCAUGGGAGCCCAGCCUGGGAGCUUUCUUUGGCCCCGUGGCCUUCAUUGUGCUGGUGACGUGCAUCUACUUCCUAUGCACCUUCCUUCAGCUCCGGCGACAUCCCGAGAAGAAGUACGAGCUCAAGCAAUUGACAGAGGAGCAUCAGAGGCUGGCCGCCGCUGACGUACCGACUCACUGUCAUCAGGGAGUCGAGCCCGGAGCGCUGGCGGCCCCGUCUGGUGGGAGCAACUGCCCCGUUGGCUGCCCCGGCAUCCCCAUCAACCCUGCACUGCUGGCCAAUGAGCACUCCUUCAAAGCUCAGCUACGAACUGCGGCCUUCACCCUAUUCCUCUUCCUAGCCACAUGGACCUUUGGUGCAUUGGCUGUGUCACAGGGACACUUCCUAGACAUGAUCUUCAGCUGCCUUUAUGGUGCCUUCUCCGUCACCCUCGGCCUCUUCAUCCUCAUCCAUCACUGUGCCAAGCGUGACGACGUCUGGCACUGUUGGUGUUCUUGCUGUCCCGGAAGACGUGCCAACGCCUGCUCUGGUGCGCAGGGGUCUGCUCAGGCGCGGCCCAAAGUGAACGUGAACGGAGACACCCCAGGGCACGGUCACAGCCACUGCCACCACGACUCGCCGUGUCAGGCUAAAGCGCUGCUAAGCUGCAGUCACAGCGGGGUGGGUCACUGCAAACACGCCGCUCUUCCGUCCUCGCAAAAUCACGUUACAUGUCUGGCGCCUGUGACUCCAUGCUGCGCCGCCCUGCAUAGCCAGCAGCUGAUGGAGGAGGAGCCCACGGCCACUCACGUGCUGCUGCACUCUGAACCAGGGAUCCAACUGCACCCCUGCCUCAAAAGCAGCACCAGGACUAAAAGUCGUCAGUUUGGACGUAAAGCCGGGGCGUCUGCCUGCGCAGCGGGGAGUGACAGGGAGUACGCCUAUCAUAUCCCCUCUAGUGCCGACGGAGGCAGCAUGCACAGCUCACACACUGACAGCCCCCACAGCACACGUGAGCGGCACGCCCACAUCUGUCCACACCUGGCCCACGAAGGCCACCACGACGGGCAUCACACAUGCCAUGCUACUGCAGCCACCCUGCAUGAGUCUCUGGCGUGCCAUAACCCGUGCCACAGGCAUAUCUGCUGUUCCAAGGCAGACCUUUUCCCUUCUCUGUGUCCGGCAGAAUCAGGGGACACAGGCGUCUUCCUGUGUGGCUGCAGCAAAGUAGCCGAGGAGGAACCCGUGGUAACACAUCACCAUCUGGAGAUGCAUGCUCCGCGCAGACAAUCAUGCCCCCAGAAUCCGCCCAGUCAGAAUGGGAUUUUAAAGGGAAGCAUGCAUGAAGGACUUCUGUACACCUCAGACAGCACAGGGAAUAUACGCACCGGCCCCUGGAAGAAUGAAACUACUGUGUAGUGCAGGAACACAAUACAUUACAGGCGGCACUGCCGCCUCAUCCUGCCAAAAUGAAUUUCGCCUCCCUUUCUAGAUGAAAAAAAAAGUGAAAUAACAUUUUAAACAUCACAAUCAACGUGAGGAUUUUUUUUUAUUUCAAUAUCCACAUGUUUAUAUGUGUGCUGUUUUCUUGUACAGAAAUCUAAUGUCAUGCAAACGCCUUCAGAGGUGCAUUCAUAGACCGAGGAGAAUCACUUUCAACACUAACAGUUUGUGAAAUGUGUCUCACAUUAUACCAUCAGAUUUACCUGAAGGUAUUCCCACUGUUCCAUAUUACUGCAGAUCUAUCUCUCUAUAUAUAUUCAAAAAAAAAUGAUUGGUUGUAUGUGUGACUAUGUGUGUUAGUGCUCAAAGGCAACAACCUGCAAGAUGUUUUUACCCUGAAUCUGAAACUACCAAUAGUCUACUUUGACGGUGAAUCUCCAGUACGUUGGCAUUCAUGUUCUAGACGACUAAACCAGCAAUUUUAGACUUCAUAUGGGUAUUUUUGCCAUCACAACUGUGAAUACCUACUAGAGAUUUUCUAAAUAAUAAACAAAGAUACCUUUGCUUGGC